CCAGAUGUGGCAAUAAAAAAAAUUAAAUUUUUAAUGUUAAUGAAAGUCCAUCAAACGUGUGAAAGCAAUUAAACAUUGUAACUCAAAUAUUUGGGCCCUGUACACAACGUGAACAAUUACUAAAUAGGUCUCACAGUUUGAAUUUACAUAUGCAGAUUACAAUAGUUAAAAUACAAGUUAAUUUUGAAAAAAAAAAAAAAACUUAAAUGAAGUAUAAGUUCCUAUAUAAAUAAGUACGAUUGGUACAAAUCUGUUUCAUUGUUUUAAAUAUCAAGGGAAAAGAUUAACGUGAACUUUUACACAACUAUGACUUCCAAUAAACUAGUGGGUUUUGUAAUAGUUUUUAUUGUAAAUUAUUUAAUUAAAUCUGCAAAAUGUUCGGAUCCUUAUCAUGGAACAUUAGAAAAUGAGCUAAAUAGCAAUGGACGAAGUUUUAUUAAAGAGCGAAUAACUCCUGAACAAGAAAUGAAAACGGAAUAUUGGUUUGAAAAGGCUCAGAACUGUUUGAAAAAACGUGUGAAUCAAAAACAAAAUAAUGGAAAAGCUAAAAAUAUUAUAUUCUUUUUGGGAGAUGGUAUGUCAAUUGCAACGCUAACAGCUGCACGAAUACUUAAAGGACAACGUAAUGGCUUAAGUGGUGAAGAAGCGGUAUUAACUAUGGAAAAAUUUCCUCACACAGGACUGAGCAAGACCUACUGUACCAAUGCUCAGACGGCCGAUUCUGCUUGUAGCGCUACGGCUUAUUUGACUGGAGUCAAGACUAAUUUACGUUUAAUAGGCGUCAAUGCUAAAGUAGAUUAUUUAAAUUGUCUUGCUUCUAAAGAUCUUGACAAUCAUGUAGAAUCGAUAGCUUUAUGGGCUCAGCAGGCGGGUAAAUCAACAGGGAUUGUAACCACCACUACUAUCACACAUGCCAGUCCUUCAGGAAAUUAUGCCCAUGUCCCUAGUCGUCAUUUUGAAAGUGAUUUUGAUAUAAUUAAAGCCGGUGUACUAAAUCCAAAGGAUUGUUUGGAUAUUGCCACUCAGUUGAUAGAAAAUGAACCGGGUAAACACUUUGAUGUUAUGAUGGGAGGUGGUCAAACUAAAUUUAUACCCUUCACACAAAAUGACACCUUUGGUUCAAAGGGUGAACGGCGAGAUGGUAAAGAUUUAAUACAAAAAUGGAAAACAGAAAAUCCGGAAGGUGUUUUUGUCUCCAACUUAGAGGAACUAAACAAUUUGGAUUACAAUAACACUAAAAAGGUUUUCGGACUCUUUCAUUCUUCCCAUUUGGACUAUAAUGCUCGUAAGAAAGUCUUAAAUCCCUCACAACCAAGACUUAAAGAUAUGACAGCUAGUGCUAUAAAAAUGUUGCAGAGAAAUCCUAAAGGUUACUACGUCUUCAUAGAAGGUGGUCGCAUAGAUCAUGGUCAUCAUCAAAAUAGUGCUGGUUAUGCUUUAGAUGAAACUAUAGAAUUUGAUGAAGCUAUUCAAACUGCCUUAGAAAUGACCAAUGAUGAGGAUACUCUAAUCGUAGUAACUGCCGAUCAUUCACAUACCAUGUCAAUGGCUGGUUAUCCAGGUCGUGGUAAUCCUAUUUUAGGAUUAAAUGAAUAUGAUUUAGAUAUGGAUGGUGUACCGUAUAGUGUAUUAAAUUAUGCUGUGGGACCUAAACAGUACAUAGAGGUAAAGGACAAUACCUGGAAGCGUAUAGAUUUAACGGAAGAAACUCAUGAUUUUAUAGUUAAACCCAGUUACAUUAAGAAACUAUCUGGUCAUCAUGCUGGCGAGGAUGUUGCCAUUUUUGCUCGAGGUCCACAAUCGCAUUUAUUCAGCGGCACUAUGGAACAAAAUGUUAUACCCCAUUUAAUGGCCUAUGCUGCUUGUAUAGGUAAAGGUGCCAAGUUGUGUGAGGAAUAGUUAGAGUGGAAGUUGGGAUUUUUACGACAUCAACUAUGAAAUUAGGUUUAAGGAACAAUUUAUUUAUACUAAAUAAAAAUUUUAAAAAGUUAAAUUUUAAUUGACGUUUUUUUUGUAAGACUUUAACAUGAUGAUGAUAAAAUAAAAGUGCGCAUAACGAUAUUUUCACUUCAUUUAAGUUGGAUUUUCGCCUAAUUUAGUCUCAGCCGAUCUAGCCAUGUCCUCCCUACCAUUUUU